AUGAUAGCAGGCGACAUCAAGCGUCAUCUUAAAGUGCAUGUUGGUAAACAGAUCGAGGAGGAAGAUGUGCCGAGGGCUGCAGCGAUUAUGAAGGCAGGGAAGGCUACAAGGGGGCCAAGACAGGUGAGGGGGAAGAAGGAAGUGGAAACUCCGGGGAGAUUACGAAAAUGGUGCCCGGUAGACGGCUGCAACACAAUCACCAGCUAUCUUAGUCAGCAUCUGGUAAAGGCACACAGGUUAAAGAGCUCCCAUACCCAGUAUAGGGUCCAUCUCAAGGAGGCUGAAAGGUAUACUGGUAUCCAAGAGUUAGACUGCCUGCUCACUCUACCAUCCAAGGCACCGUCAUCCAAGCUGAUAUCUCCGUCAUUCUUAACUGCUCAACCUAAUCCACGUGAACACAAAACCAACGAAGAUGAAGAAAUAGAAGAGACCCAAGGAAUAGAAGAGACCCAAGAACAAGAAGAAGAAGAAGAAGAAGAAGAAGAAGAAGAAGAAGAAGAAUGGCAUCCAGAGGGAGAGGUGGAGGAGAGUGACGAAGAUUCUGAAGAUGCUCCAACCAUAAAGAUCAGGAAGGAGGAGUAUUACUCAGCGACAAAAUUUACGAGUUACCGCCACCAAUGGCUCUCUGGUUUCUUUAAGUACCUGAAGAGCCCAUCAGCGGGCUACAAAAAGCUUGAGAAUAGACUCCAGCACGUGGGCCAGGUGGAGAAGCUCUUGGAAACGCUGGACCCCAACGGUAAGGACAUCACCAUCCUAGGGGAGGAAUUUGGAGAUAUCGUAUGGAACAAAUGGGUCAGCCCACACCUUUCUGAGGGAACGAAGGCACCAGGUACGUUGGCCUCCUAUUUGACCAGUCUGGAAAAGUUUUUCGUUUUCGUCACGUCCGACAAGUACCAAAGAAAGGAAAUGCCGCCGCUGCAUGGCAACGAUUUGGACGUGUUUAAGGGGACCAUCAACACCCUGAAAGGCUGGCGUGUAACUAUCGAUAACGAAACCCAGGAUGUUCAGCACCGGACCCAUCUCAGAGAGUGCGAUACUCUCUUGACGGAAACAGACAUCAACCUUCUCUCUCAAUCAAAACCCUACAUAGAUGGUAUGAAGGCCAUAACUCAGGCCAAGGCAGGAAAAAGGCUCUCCAUACAACAAUUUACAAAUGCUCGCGAUCUUCUUCUGGUAAAACUCGCGCUACUUGUGGCAUCUCGACCUGCCCGCUAG